CCCGCAAACUCCGGGAGAGCGGGGAGGCGGUGGUUCCUUCGCCCAGUCGGCCUGAGAAGCGGGGAUCCUCUUCCCUUCCUGCCCCCGCCCCCCCCACUGCCCCCCCUCCGGCUCUGGAACUUUGCUAACACUUCGGCGCUGGCUCCUCCUACCCCGUGCCCAACCGAUGGCCCUGCCUGUGCGCCUUUAAGGCUGGAGCGCCCAAGCGGGUUUGACUGCGACUGUACUCGCUCGCCAACGCCGAGAAGCGCAGGAGACCCGACGGGCGCCCCCUCCCGCGCCACACCAGUCGCGUCCCAGAAGGGGGAUGGGCGGGGGGCAUUCUGCCGCUCUGGACGCCUAGGCCGGGGCCGUGGGGCGCUCAGCGCCAUCAAGGGCUGGCGCACGGAGCUUCUCCAGGCCGGAGGGCAGCCUCACAAUGACCCGCAGGGGGUGCUGAAUCCUCGGCCCGCUCUGGCUCUUGGGACAACCCGGGGCCCGUCCUCCCCCUCCCCCCUGCCCGGCAAUGACAUCCGCUAAAGAAGGGAAGGCAGCUCCCGCGCUGCCGCAGCCCGGCGCAGCAGAAGAGAGGCGCCGGAGCCCGCUGGACCAGCUACCGCCCCCCGCCAACUCCAACAAGCCUCUCACCCCCUUCAGCAUCGAAGACAUCCUGAGCAAACCCGGGCGCAAAGCCCCUGCCGCCCACCUGCUGGACAAGGUCGCCGGCUCUGCUGGACACCCCCGGAACGGCGUGCCUGCCCCCGACUCCCCGCUCUGCGCUCUGGAGGAGCUGGCUAGCAAGACGUUCAAGGGGCUGGAGCUCAACGUGCUUCAGGCGGCCGAAGGCCAGGACCCGCUGGGUGGCUUCGGACCGCGCCCUCCGUCCAAAAAGCGGCGCAAAUCGCGCACGGCUUUCACCAACCACCAGAUCUACGAGCUGGAGAAGCGCUUCCUUUACCAGAAGUACCUGUCUCCCGCGGACCGAGACCACAUCGCGGCGCAGCUGGGCCUGAGCAACGCGCAGGUGAUCACCUGGUUCCAGAACCGCCGCGCCAAGCUGAAGCGAGACCUAGAGGAGAUGAAGGCCGACGUGGAGUCGCUCAAGAAGUUGCCCCCCGCAGCCCUGGAGAAGCUGGCCAGCAUGCCCGAGCUGGAGCCCCCGGGCGUGCCCGGACCUGCCCGGGCCCGCGGAGGCAACCUCUGCCGCACGUCGCCCCCGCCCUCGCCCAGCGCCUCGCGCCAUACCACGGACGCUUUCUCCGACGGCGAGGAAGAGGAGGAGGAGGAAGAGAUCGACGUGGGAGACUGAGGGCCGCGCCCUAUUGUCCCUGUGGCCUCGGCUGUUUUGUCUCUCUGUGAGUUCGUGUCCUUCCUUGGGUGAGGCGCCACCGGGGCACCUGCGGAGCAGGAGGACGGGGUGACCAGGAGCAGAUGGCGGGGCGAGCUGGGAUAGCCGCUCGCGCCCUUUCCGAGCCGCCGUGUGGUGAGGAAGCCGGCUCUUGAGAGAUCCGAGGCGGGCAUCGCUGGGCCUGCAGCCCGGCCUACCGACCCCGCGAGGAGACCCCUCCAGGAACGGAUGGGGCGGUAGUUCUCACCAAUGACAACACCACCUUCUGCCCCUCCGCCGCUGCCCCGUCAUUUCUCGAUCGCGUGUGCUUGUACGUAUUUGGAAUAAAAGGACAC